AUGAGGUUACUCGUUACUGGAAACGAAAUGGAUAAUGCUUUCGCGGUUGUGGAAACCGGCGGAACUAAGGAUAGGCCAAUUGGAUUCCAUUGUCACAAGGAGGCUCAUGAUGUAUUUUUGUGCGUGAAGGGUGUGCGGAAUGUAUGGGCAAAUGAUGAAGCGAGAAGUAUGGGUCCAGGUGAUUUUGCCAGCGCGCCACCGGAAGAAUUCUUCCGCUUCAUUGGUGAACCAUACUCUGGUCCCCUGUUCCCCACAAACGACAAUCGCAAUCCUUUUGAAGUUUUGAUUCCAAAACUUAUGGCUGCAACUGAGAAAUUCGAUAUGAUUCCAGUGCGUGAGAAGAAAAGUUUCGAUCCACAGCCAUGGAAUGGUACUGAAAAUAAGUUACCUGGAAAAUGUAAGAAUGGAGGAUACUUCCUCAAGGAGGGAGAAGGAGAAAAGACGGUCAUCGGUGGCACAGUAGUAAGAGCUAUGUGUAGGAGAGAGGAAACAAACGACAGAUUCUCUAUCUAUGACAUCUUAGGAAGUUCCAUACAUGCAUCCAAAGCAUUCAGCAAAGAAGUUAGGUUUGCAGACACACAUCAUGCUAUAUAUACAGUAGAUGGCGCGCUCAAGUUGACAAUUGGAGGAGAGGAGGUAAUAGCCCUAGCAGGAGAAACCACAUUUGUACCUGCGGGAACCAAGUUCAAGGUUGGCUUUGAAACCGUAUAUGCGAGAGCAUAUGUUUUGGCGAAUGGAGGUGGUUUUGGAGAGUUAUUAAAUGGGCUAGGAAGUGUAUAUGAGAGUGUGGCAGUACCAAAUGAGGUGGAGAGAAGCUGGGAUGAAGGAAAGCUGAAAGAAUUGGAAGCAGAAAUAGGAGAUUUGAGCUUUUAG